AAAAAGGGCCGCAGAGGAGACGAAUAACGGUACCGACCCUCGAGCUGGUUCCGAGCCUUUUUUUUCCUCCUGCACCGAAUGUCGCGGGGGACCUUUCAUGGCGUCGCGGCGCUGCUGACAAGCGUUCGAAAAGCAUCGUGGAAAUAAAGAUGGCCUGGAUUUGGAAGAGAAAGUCGGUGAUCGCCACGGGACUGGUGGCGGCCGUGUCGCUCUUCCUGGUGGCCGUCCACCUGGCCGAGAAGCCCUACUUCCCGUGGCAGCCCGCAUUAGGCGAGGCAUUGGGCAGCCACUGGGCGCCAUCCAAGCCACCGUACCAGGCUUUCAAACCUCAUCCAGGAUACGUCAGCAUCCCCAAACAGGAACCCUUGAAGCUCAAGUGCGAGCUGUGCAGCGUGGUGUCCAGCUCGGGCCAGAUGCUGGGCCAGGCGGCCGGGGGGCUCAUCGAGCGCUCGCCGUGCAUCUGGCGAAUGAACAACGCGCCCACGCGGGGCUUUGAGCGCGACGUGGGCCGGCGCACCACGCUGCGGGUGGUGUCGCACACCAGCGUGCCGCUGCUGCUGCAGAGGCCGCAGCACUUCUUUGGGCAAAACAACCAGACGCUCUACGUGGUGUGGGGCCCGCUGCGCAACAUGCGCACCGACGGCAAGGGAGUGGUGUACAACAUGUUGCGCAAGGCGGCCGACAACUACCCGCAGGCGCGCAUCUACGCCACCACCGAUGACAGGAUGAAUUAUUGCGACAUGGUCUUCAAGAAGGAGACGGGCAAGGACAGGAUCCAGUCGGGGUCGUACCUCAGCACAGGCUGGUUCACGCUCAUCCUCGCCAUGGACAUGUGCAAAGAGAUCCACGUCUACGGCAUGAUCAACGACACCUACUGCAAGUAA